AUGACAAUGCACUUUUUGAAAAUAGAUUUGGAAUCAGAAAAAUGUCAGCUUUCAGAUGAUAUAGGUCACAAUCCGUAUCUCCACGCCCGAGUUGGGGCCUUCCCUAAAUGUAUUAUUAAAAGAGAAAGUCCUGAAAACUCUCCUGUGAGUACUAGUGUUCGUGGAACAUCUCGCGGCAGAUCCAGAAGUCGUGGUCGAAGACUCCAUCAAUCAACACCGUCAUCGCUUUCUCAGAAUUCCCUAAACCGCACUAUUGGAGUUUCUGCGACAGAAAGUGAUUCGCCUCCUCAUCCAGUUUCAGGACGCACAUCUUCUGCAUCAUCUACUGGGACAUCUCGUAAGACUAGUCGCCGUAUAAAUAAUGGAGCAGAUGUUGGCACAAAUCAACGAGGAACAACUCGUGGGAAAUCUCGUGGAAGUAGGGGCCCUCGUUUGGGACUUCGUGGAUCGGCUCGUGGAAGAGUUUCUUCCACCGCUCUUGGAACAAAUACUGCAGAAAAUAACAACCGGCGUGGUUCGACACAAAAUUCCGGAGCCGCUGGACGAUCAAUUCCGGGAAGAGGGAGACCUCGUGGAAGAGCUCGCGGAAGUGUACCAAUUCGUGGUCAGCGAAUGAAGAAAGAUUAA